AUGGGGGAGUUGUCUGAGGAUGAAGCUUAUUCUUUUACUGCAGGGGGUUCGAAAGUUGCUGAUCUCAACAUGAAAUCGUGUGCUUUGGCUGAAGAGUGUUUUGAGGGCUCAGUCCACUUUGGAAUCAACAGAACCGUCUUUGCCAGCAAGUGUUGCACCUCCGACCUCUGCAACGCCCAGCCUGCCACUGAACCCAGUAAAUCCAAUCCCAAUGGUAAAAAGUGCUUCAGUUGUGAAAGUAAAAAGUGCACCGCAACUCUAAACUGCGAGGGGAAUGAGGACCACUGCAUCUCAGCAGCAGUGAACACAGGAGGUGUACAGACUAACGUGAAAGGCUGUGCUUCUAAGCAGAUCUGCUUAAAUAUGGCAAAUUCACAGAUUUCAGGAGCCAUUGGAGCAGAAAUUAGCUGCUGUCAGGGUGACUUCUGCAAAAGUGCCAGCAGCACAUGUCCUGGUCUUCUGCUCCUGGUGGCACCGUUGUUCUCUUUGGUCAUGUUCUCUUAACUGGUGGAGUUGCCAGCAUCACUGCUCAGCGUUUCCUCUCAUCUCUGUAUGGCCUCUUAGUGCUCCCACACCUUUUUUUUUAUCCUUUCAAGCGACAAGUAAGGAAGUAGAAAGUUUAGCGUUUUCCUUAGUCUCGUGCCUCUUACAGAUUUAACCUGCUUAUUUUCUUUUUUGCUUGUUGCCUACAAAGAUCACAUUGAAUAGCUCUUUGUUUUUUCUUAAGUAACA